AUGAAGCCCCCUUCAACUCUACUUCUACGGGCCAUGCUCCAUCCACAAAAGCCUCUUUGUCAGAUCAGGUGGAAGUCAGAAUGGAUGCCCAGGGAGAAGUACGCAAAAAUCACAACUCUGGACAAGCUACAUCGAAAACAAAAAGCAGCCAUCCGGAAAGAAAGACAGGACAGCGAAAAUCGAGCCACCAAAAUGUAUCCGACCCCAACUUCUUCAGCGACUCGCUCGCAGUUACAGCAACCACAGCAGCAGGAGCAGGAGCAACGGCAAAUGCCUCCCCAACAUCCGUAUUCCCUUAAGAGUCAAAUCCAGAACCAUAAUCUAACACCCACCCUCUCCCCACUUCCGUACCUGGUCGUGCGCACCCCGUCCAAAAACCUCCCAAUCUACCAAACAUCCAAAUCUGGCGGCUCCAAACACAUCACCACGAUCCGCAAGAUCAAGGGUGAUCUACAGGGGCUAGCAAACGCUGUGCGCACCGCUUUGGGGUUGGAAGAAUAUAUCACCGACGUGCGGGGACGGAAGAAGGCCAACGUUGUGAUCAACUGGACGACGAGGCAUGUGGUUGUGAGGGGGUGGAGAGGUCCAGAGAUCAAGCGGUGGGCAGAAGUAAAUGGGUUUUGA